GGAAAGAGUAUGAUGUGCUCUACCUGGGGACAGAGGAUGGACACCUCCACAGAGCUGUGCGGAUUGGAGCCAAGCUCAGCAUCCUUGAGGAUUUGGCCUUAUUCCCAGAGCCACAGCCAGUUGAGAAUAUGAAAUUGUAUCAAAGCUGGCUCCUGGUUGGCUCCCGUACUGAGGUAACACAAGUGAACACAACCAACUGUGGACGUCUCCAGAGCUGCUCAGAGUGCAUCCUGGCCCAAGACCCUGUCUGUGCCUGGAGCUUCCGGCUAUAUGCGUGUGUGGCCCAUGCUGACGAGCAUGGAGGGCUGGUCCAAGACAUAGAGUCAGCGGAUGUCUCUUCUUUGUGUCCUAAAGAGCCUGGAGAACACCCAGUAGUGUUUGAAGUUCUUGUGGCUACAGCUGCGCAUGUGGUCUUGCCAUGUUCCCCAAGCUCAGCCUGGGCAUCCUGUGUGUGGCACCAGCCCAGUGGAGUGACUGCUUUUACCCCCAGGAAGGAAGGGCUUGAGGUGGUGGUAACCCCAGGGGCCAUGGGUGCUUAUUCUUGUGAAUGUCAGGAGGGUGGGGCUACCCGCGUGGUAGCGGCUUAUACCUUGGUAUGGGGCAGCCAUCAUUGGUCCCCUGGAGACGGUCCCUCACUAUGGGGACUGGACUGGCUGGCUUCUUUCUGGGGGUUCUUGCAGCAUCCCUGUCUCUCUUCCUGAUUUGUCGAUAUCAGCAGCAACAGCGACAGAGGGAACCUCUGGCUAGAAACGAGGUGGGCUCAGACCUGGGGGCACCACCAUCUGGGACCACAAGUCCCAGCCAGGAUCCUCCCUCUGUCUCCUGAAGAUGAGCGGCUCCCACUGGCUGUAGGCAAGAGGGGCAGUGGUUUUGGUAGCUUACCUCCACCUUUUCUGCUUGAUCCUUGCCCGAGCCCAGCCCAUAAUCGGUUUACUGGGGCUCCUCUGGCCACAUGUGAUGAAACACCCAUCUAGGGCUGGACAAGUGACCACUAGUGCAUGACUGGCCACUGGAAUGGAGUGACCAUUGAGAUGUUGGGGUCACUGGGCCUGGAAAACCAUCAUGGCCUCUGAGUUCUCUUUGUCCUUUGAGUGAUCACUUGACUUCAGUGUCAGCCCUCUCUGGCCCUAGAUGGGUUCCAGUCCAGGCCUUUGUCUGUGUCCAGAUUCCUGAUUCCAAUGAGAGAUCAGAACUUCUCUCUGCAGUGAAUCAGGGCUUUUCCCACCCCUGCUCUCUGAACCCCAGUGACCCCUUCAGUCCUGGCCCAUGAUUUUGGGCCCAUAAAUUUGGGGAGGGGCAUAGGACAUAGCUAUGACUUUGUCUUCUGGUUGGAUUCUGGCCAGAAGGUGGAGCUAUGGAGGUGGUUGGAAGCUAAUGUGCACUGAGUCCUUUGAGUGGUUUUGCUGAUUCUUCCAGUUAGUCUGACUCUGUGGAGAGUGCAUGAUUCUCAUCCACCCCACUUUUCCUUCUUCCAUGAAAGAGCAUGUGUAUAAGAGUGUUCAUAGGACACCUGUCAAAUGUGCAUGAAUGACGGGGCCCUUGCUCAGGUGUAUUCAUCGGGGUAAGGAGGGGGAAGGUUGGGGUGGGGGAUUGACUGCAGAACUUUAGACCCUAUAGCCAGUGAAGGAAUCGCUUUCUAAAAGGAAAUAAACAACUGCCCCCACUCCCCCAAUCACUUCUCACUACCCUUCCCUUGAGUUGAGAAAAACUCCCAAAGAGGCCUUCUGGGUGGGAAGGGUAACAGUACAUGUGACCCCAUAUUUCUGUUUGUUUUUGCCUCCUGGCUGCUACCACUGCCAUGCACAGCUGCUCUCUUUCUCUGGCUGGAGUGCAGGCUGGACCCCCUUUCCUUGGCUCCCAUUAAAAAUAAAUUUCACAACAUUCUAAAUAUUAGGGAACAACAAAAGUUGAACUGUCAGGAAAUACAAGCAGUGUAAAGAUAAGUUUGUAUCAGUGACUUUACUCAGGUUGACACCCUUGCCCUAAAGCAGUUAGUUCUCCAGUGGGGGUCCAUGGACUCCCUGAAAUCAUAUGCAAAAUGUUGUCUGUAUAUGUGUGUCUGUGUUUUUCUCGGGCGGGGGUUAGGGGGAUGUUUUAUGGCUUUCAUCAGAUUCUCAAGGCCUUAACACAGUUAAAGGACCACUGCCCCCAAGUCAUGACUCCGUUGCCCAAGCUGAGAUGGUGCCAGUUGGCAGCAGCUCUCUGCCUCGGCCCACCUGCUCUGUGGCCAACCCCUGGACUUGCAGCUCCUGGAUGCCGUCUCAUUUCUCCAGACCCUGGAAGCUGAGCUCUAUGCAUAUUUGAAGACACUAUCAACUCUCACUAAACUUAAAGACUUCUUCCAGCUUCACGGCUCGCACUUGCUUUAGGCUUCUCCUGCUCGGUCUGGUCUUGGCCUGUAAAUGUGCCUCAUUCAUCCCUGAUGAGGACCCCCCUACCCACUUUGAUCUCCAAUGAAUGACCCAGCCCUUCCCAGUUGACGUUUUCAGCUCUACUUUCCUUGGCGGCAGCCUGUGAAUUACCCAAAAGAGUCCCCUUGGGUUUGGACUUUUCAGUGGCUAUGCCCUAAUAAGUGUAUGAUCUUCAGCAAGUAAUCUAACCUAGGAACAUUGGUUUACUCAUCUGUAGAGUGGGGAUAAUAAUACCUACCUCAAGGUUGCUACAAGGAUUAAAUGAGAACAUUUAAACAAUAAAGCACUAUGUAUACCAGUA